AAUACCUGAGAAAAUUACCCAUAUGAAAUAUGCUAAUAGUAUACACGACAGCUAACAACAUUUGUACGCUACUAAUAAAAUUAAAAGAUAAUCAAUGUAAUAUACGAGUGGCUAGUAACACCAGCUCAAACAUUAAAGACGUUAUUAAGGCUUUGACAGAAACCGCGGUUUUGUGGAAAUUGUUUUAACGAAUAACAAACAGAGAAAUGAAUGCAGUAUGAUUAAGACUGGGAUACGUUACAACCCAGAACCACGAAUGGGCAUCAUUUUAGUUUAUCGUCAGUAAACGACAAAUGCUGCACACUUUCCACCACAAGGUCAUACAAUGAAUUUGCGCGCUACAGAGGUAGAUAUUAACUAGACUGACAGUAAUCUAAGUAGCCUGAAGGCCUCGCUCUUGCGUAAUUGAACGAGUUUGGUAGGUUUCUAGUACGACAAAAAAAGUGAAAUUAGUGGGCGUCUGCCAUUCAACUGUGAACCGCAUUAUCCUGUACGAAACAGUCUGUUUUCUUUGUUAUAUAUUCUAACAAUAAAAACAGUCAAAUGAGGUCGGUGCUGAUUACUGGUUGUAGCAGAGGCAUUGGUCUCGAGCUGGUAAAGCAACUGACUGCCCACAAAUCAGCCCCAGCAUUCAUAAUUGCAACAUGUCGCAAACCGGAGGAAGCAAGGGCUCUUCAAGAACUGUCUAAGAAACAUAAAUCUAUCCACGUGUUAAAGUUAGAUGUUACAGAUUUUUCCAGCCUAGGGGGGUUUGCAAAAGAUGUUGAAGGAAUUGUUGGUGAUGAAGGCCUAAAUCUGUUAAUAAAUAAUGCUGGAAUAAGUGGAAACAAGACUGCUAAACUAGCAGAUCUUAAAGCAGAAGAACUUGCUGAAAUAUAUAAAACCAACACAAUUGCUCCCAUCCUGUUGACCCAGGCUCUGGUUCCACUCUUGAGGAAAGCUGCAAGCCACAAUGCAUCUGCUCAGCUGGGUAUUGGGAAAGCUGCCAUUGUCAAUAUUAGCUCUGGCCUUGGUUCAGUGUCACGAAACACUUUUGGAGGAUAUUAUGGUUACAGAGAGAGCAAGGCUGCUUUGAACACAUCAACACGUUCUAUUAGCCAUGAAUUAGCUGCUGAUGGCAUACUUGUAAUGACCUUACAUCCUGGUUGGGUCAAAACUGAUAUGGGGGGAAAAGAAGCCGAUCUUACUGUAGAAUUUAGUGCUGCAGAGAUAGUGAAAACACUCUUCAAAUUGGGCAAGGAACAUCAAGGAGCAUUCCUCCAGUAUGAUGGCUCUGUUUUGCCAUGGUAAUGAAUGCUUUCAAAAUUGUUUCAUGGCAAAUGUUUCUGGCUGUAUAAAACUUUUUCUGUAAUCACUGUCUUCUGUCUUUUUUUCUAUAGCUCUCACCCCAGAAAUGUUGGGAUUUUGAUUCAUUCUGAUUUCAUUGCACAUUUCAUGCUUUAUUUUCAGCUUUCCUGAAGAGUGAUGCCUUUCCUCCUCUAUAUGCUUUUCAGUUGUAGUGAAGCAACCUCUAUCCUCCCUCUCCUCAUGCAUUUGGUUUUCCUUCCAACAUUUUGUGGUACUUUUAUUAACAUUCCCUAACAAUGUUUUACAUUAACUAAAAAAAAAGCCAUGGGCCAUUAUCACUUUCUGUCCAUAAACAAAGUGACAUUGUAAUGUAUUUUCAACACUUUUAUCUUAAUAAGCUUUCAGCGACAGGGCUGUUUAGUGCCUUAAAGCUAUGCUGAAGGUGCACGCCAGAUAUCAGCUGCCUUUUCUUCCCCUCCCCCCCCCCCUCCCCUUGAUUGGUUGAUCGAAUCACUCAUGCUUUAUCAAAAAUAAAACAAAUGUAUUAUGUUGAUAUUCAUAUGAAACAAAUCACAUUGAGGCAGAUUCCAAAGCUUUACAUUUGGCAACCCUAUAUGACCAAUAAAUAGAUAUGGCCAAAUACUAACACACGUAAUUAACAGUUACAUAAAAUACAAUUUCUAAUGUUAGCUCAGUAGUAAUUUUCAUCUGAAAUAUUUUACGCCAAAUGAAUUCUUGUUAUGGUACAGAAUAAAAAACAAUGAAGAAAAAGUAUGUAAGGAGGAAAUGCCUUCACUUUUAAGGGAAAAAUAAAAUAUUGAUCGUUACUUAUACAUUGAAUGAAGCAUAUAAGUUACUAUCAACACAGUGGUUUUAUCCACAUAAAAGGUAGAUAAUGCUUAUGAUUUAUCAGAACAUGACACCACAAAUGAAUUGGGAUGAAAGCUUGAAGUAUUCUGUUCAGCUGUAAAGCAGUAGUUCAGUUACACAAUGUGGUGUUUUGUAGUGGUUUAUUACUUAAGUACCUUCAACCAGUUGAUUUCUGUAGCAUACAUUUUGUCAGUUUGUUUCAAAAAUAUGAAUGAUGUGUAAAUAAAAGUUAUGUUGAAAUACUUUACAUAUACAUAAUUUUUGAAAGAAUAACAGGUAAAUAUUUAACAAACAACAUACAAACAUGCAAUAGAUACAUGAUUUUGUUCUGUGACAUAUCAGGUCACUUGUUUCAGUUUGCAGAAUUGUGUAUCACUAUGUUGUUAAUUGUUUUAUUUUUAUAUAUAGUCACACAUUUACUUUUGCAACAAGCAUAUAUUUUUGUAAAUGAUAAAUUUUUUAGGGACUUCGAUUCACUAUGAAACUAAGAUAUUUGAGAGCUUUUCUUACCUGCAGUUGUUGACUUGUUUUCAUUGGACAUCACUGAUAAAGUGUGUGCUCUUGACACACCUUCUAGAAAAAUAGGUUCAACAGUCAAGAGAGCUUAGAAAAAUUGCUGUGUAUGAUUUUUUGUCAAUGCACACUUCAUCCUUACUUUCAUUUCCUUACACCCUUUGAAAAAUCUGGAUUUCAAUGCAAUAAUAAAAUAAAAACAUGACUCCAGUGUAGUAAAUCUUUCCAAACAUGCUUUUUUACUUUAAUUUGUGUCACAAUGAUGUGAGGCACAAAGGUAUUUUGCUGAAACACGGUGGUUGUUCCUGUCAUAUUUGCAGCCGUUUCGUGUGUGAUUUAUUAUCCUUGUUGCACUGUGUUGUGUUGACCGACAUGCCAAUGCUAUGCAGUAUGUUUAAGAUUGUGUUGCUGUUUCAUCUAUGAUGCUUUUAUGUGUAUUUGCCUCCACACGAAAUUUUGUUGAUUUUGGAGGAUGAGAUUUUGUACAGAUCAUUUAUUAGUUUAAAGAGGAUCCUCCUCUACUCUUUAGUUGAUCAGUACACAUACAAUGUGAUUGAUUUUGUCCCAGUGUCAAACUAUGUUAGUUAGUUUUUUGGCAUUUCAUAGUAUCUAUCAUCAUUAACUGUAAGAAAGUAAAGUGUGGCUUAAAGCUAUCAUCCUUUUCUGACACAAAUACAUGAUCUGCCACUGUUUA